AUGUUUGCGGCCGAUCUAUCAUGGCAGAUGGGCGAAAGCGUUGGACAGCGAAGAGAGCGGAAGGCGCGUGAACGUCCGUCUGGAACACCCUCAGUCAGGACUUCGAUGACCUCGAGGAGUUCCAGCUCAAACGAUCGGCAAGAAUGGUGGACGUCCGGACUAAACAAGAUCAAGGCCAAGACGUCCUCAAAAUCAUCGGGAAAAGGACGACCAGUAACAAGCCCAUCUUCGAAUUCCCAGCAGACAUCUGAUCCACCACCACUUCCACUCGUCCGCGAGACAAUUGCGAGAGACCGCCCAACAUGGGAUUCCGAGCUUCCACACCAUCUGAAGGAGCAAGUUCCGAACCCUGCAUACACGUUCUCGAAGUCGCUGUCGCCAACCUUGCCGUCUGGUGGUUCCAUGGACAUUCUGGAGUGCGACGUUCCCGAGCUCGAAGGUGACAUAUCAUCACGCUAUACGCACUCGAUCGUCUCUCAUAGAAGAACAAUUGUCCCAAGAAUUGAGACUCGCAUGGAUGAGGAUUACGGCCCCCAAAAGACCUCAAGUCUAGAUACUGCAAGGCAUAUCGAAGUCGAACCGAAAGUAGCAGCUUGCAGACCACUGGCUCAAUGGGACAGUCUCUCGCCCAUGAUGGUACCCAAGGAUUUCCGGAGAGUGUCGGCAUCUCGACCAGUCAAGGCCACUGGUACACAGCACAACACAAUCGUGCGAACGCGAUUCCAGCGUUUCAUGCAGAGGCUCGAAAGUGCGGGACCACAACUUGUCUUAGACCGGAUGAAGGAAUCCCAGCAAGAUUCUGCGGAUUCGGAAGAGGAAUUACUCGAACAACAGCUUUGGUUAUUGACAGGGUUCCAACUGCAAAAUUUAGGCAAGGCACGGGUCGUCCCGAAACCGCAGUGUGACACCGGCAAGAUCCUGGAACUCUAUGGUAACCUCUGUAACAAUGUGUCUUACCUGACGGUACGCGAAUUCGGAACUGUACCUUUGCCGUACCCAGAAGAUUAUUUCUCGCACAUCCGCGCAUCGACCUUGCCGUCUUUGGUCCCCUCCGCAAAGCUGCCCGAAUUGUUUCGAGAGUGCUAUAAGCUGCUCGCCCCAGGCGGUCUGCUUGAGAUCAGGAUCAUGGACGCGGCCCCUGUACGCAGGACGGCCGGUCCCAUGAUGCGAAUGUGGAUUGAAGACAGAUUGUCAGUUAACUUGGAAAAGCUUUUCCGUUGCUCGAAACCAUGCUCGCUAGUGUCUGGCUGGCUGGCGGAGGCAGGCUUUCAACUGAGUGAAGACAACGACCAGGGGCUUCAACUGCCGUGCGCUUUCGAUCCAACUUCAAAUGACGUUGAACAGGAGCUUUCGACUAUGAUAGGUCAAGCGCUGUGGAAAGACAUCUGGGGUCCAUUCGUUCAGGACUUUCCUGAUGAGCCAAAGUGGUGGUGGGAAGAAGAUAUCAUCGUGCAAGAGUGUCUGAAGAGGAAAACAGUGUUGGAAUGUCGCUCAUUGUAUGCGUACAAAAUAUGA